GAACUUAAACGUCAGUGCUUGCGUACAAUCAUGGAUCCCCUCGUAUAUCUUGUUAUCGGGAUAAUAAUAGCAAUUUUGAUUACCCUACUCACAUUGCUAAAAAGACAAAAUGGUAACUCAGAAAACAUAUGUUACAGUCGAAGUUGAAGCAUCAGAAGAGGAUGCCAGACGAGUUCCCGUAGUCGGCGGCAGGAGACGAGAACCAGGUGGGAGAGGAGUUAGAAACAGACGAGCUCCAAUUCGGGAUGAAGAAGAAGACGAUUUUGAGUCGGAGCUGGUUUUGCCGGAAGGAAAAGUGGGAGCUAAAAAAUUAAGAAAACUACAAGAAAAAGAGGAAAAACGAAGACAAAGAGAAGCUGAUUUGGCAGAACGAGAGGAUAGAAAAAAGCGUGAAGAGGAGAGAGAAAAGCGAAGAAGAGAGUUGGAAGAAAUUGAGAAGUUGAAAGAAGAAGAAAGGGAAGAAGAUGAGAAAAGAUUGAAAGAAGAACAGGAAAGAAGGGAACAUGAGGAAUACUUGAAACUAAAAGAGGCUUUUUCUAUAGAUGAAGAAGGUGAAGAUGCCCAAGAGGAAACAAAUAGUGAAUCCCUUCUUCAAGAAUUCAUCGAUUACAUUCAACAAGUUAAAGUGGUUAUGUUGGAGGAUCUAGCGGCUCAGUUUAAAAUUAAAACUCAAGAUGCUAUCGAUAGAAUAAAUACCCUACAAGAAGAUGAAAGAUUAACGGGUGUAUUAGAUGAUCGAGGAAAGUUCAUAUUUAUAACUAGAGAUGAACUUCAAGCUGUAGCAGAUUUUAUUCGUCGAAGAGGAAGAGUGUCAAUAACCGAAUUAGCCGAAAAAUCUAAUAAUUUGAUUGAUUUGACUCCAGCUGUUGAAGCCUUACAUGCCCUUUCGUAAUAAAUUCUAAGAUGUUUAUUUUUUCUUUUAGGUCUGUUGUUGGAUUAUUUCAAAUAAUAAAUGCAAAAAUUAACUAUGACUUAGUUCACUAGCUCUCUUCGCAGCUGCUUCAACGGCGCACAUUAACGCUGCUCUAAGUCCACCUUUUUCCAACUCAUGGAGGCCAGAUAUUGUAGUACCUCCUGGUGAAGUGACAGCAUCUUUCAAAGCUCCAGGAUGUAGGCCUGUCUCUAAGACCAUUUUCGCCGCACCCAUUAAUGUCUGAGCAGCUAAUUUUGUAGCGAGAUCUCUAGGUAAUCCUUGUUUCACUCCCCCGUCGGACAUAGCUUCUACCAUUUGGAAAACGUACGCUGGUCCUGAACCACUUAAACCAGUUACACCAUUCAAAAGUCUCUCGGGUGCAACAUGGCAAAUACCUAUUGAUGACAUGAGUUUCACUAUCAUGUCACAAUCUUCUUUUGUGGCAGAACUACCAGGUGAACAAACACUGGCCCCACAUUGAACCAAACAUGGUGUGUUUGGCAUUACACGAAUAGCUCGAGUAUUUUUGGGUAGCAAUUCUUCAAUCUUCUCCAGUGUUAUGCCUGCUGCCACAGAUACAAAAAGUUUACUUUUCAUUUCUAUGCAGUUAAUUUCUUGAAGAACCGUUGAAACUAUAUGAGGUUUAACUGCUAUUAUAAUAAUAUCAGACGAGUGCAUAACAUCAGCAUUUGAGUUAGCCAUUCUGACACCAAUGUUUUUCAUGGACUCAACAUUUGAGGUGUUCAUUCCUGUUGACGAAGCCGAAACAUUUUCAGCUUUAAUUAAUUUUGAUAUUAUGAAGCCUUUACAAAUGGCUUGAGCCAUUUUUCCGGCACCAAUAAAGCCUAUCUUCAAAUUUAACUGCGAUAGACUUGUAUUAUCAGAAGUUUCCUGAAAAAAAUAUAAAAAAAACCUAUCAAGCAGAUGGAAAGUGGAUUUCCUAUUUAUCUUAUCUAUGAUAAUAACAGUCUAUACUAUUUCAACCUCGUUGAAUUUCGAUAUAACACUUUGCAAGAAACGUUCAAAAGUUGCAUUACUCUUUCUUUCCUCUAAUAAUAAAGAACUCUUCGAGCCUACUAUAUCAUAUUUCUCUUUAACAUUAUUACAAAGCAUCGUUUCAGUUUUACCAUUGGAUAUUAUUUCAGAAUUGUCUGAAACCUAAAUUAAUUUAUGUCAAGCAACUCUAAAAAGUCUAAGAUUAUUACAUAGUCUGUUUUAUGAUAAAUAACCUUUUGUAUGGUUUUGUACGAUUAUAUAUUUUAAGUAAUACAAGACUUAUCAAGGGAGUAUAUACUAUAUUUAACUAAUUAUACCUUAACACCCUUCUUAGUAUUA